AUGGAGUGGCAUCACCAACACAUUAACUCAGCCAACAACAAGAAGACCUCAAAUAAUCAUAAGAAGAAGAUGGCGGCUGCAGGCGCUGCCGACGCAGAGCAUAAAUUAUAUUGCUCUAACCCAUGCUUCUUCUGCGCCAUUAACGAGACCGACUCAUUUCUCCGAAGAGCCGCAAUCGCCCGUUGCUUCAGAGCGAUGCUCUUCACCGACGACCGCCGUUGCCACAACCAAGUCCUCGCCCUCAGCAGCCUUUGGCACCUCGCCGUCUCGCAUCCCAAUCACCCCGAGUUCCCCUCCCUCGGCGUCUUCCAAUGCAUGGCCAAUCUAAUCCGCCGAUCCCUCACCGACGCAUCCUGGCUCCUCACACACCACAACAUCUUCGUCCCUUACCAUGCCGCUCACAUUAUUGGAUCCUAUUCCAUGAACAUGCCCCAUUUUGCCUACAAAGCUGUCGAAUCCGGCGUGAUUCCGCCAUUAAUGGACCUCCUCAGAGGCAAAAUCAGUUGGGUCGAGCAGAGAGUGGCCGUUAGAGCCCUCGGCCAUUUGGCCAGCCACGAAAGAACGUUUGCAGCCAUUUCAGAGCACGAAGAAGAGAUUGUGAAGUUAACCAUCGAGAUAGCUUCCACUUGUCUCAAUGUGGUUUAUUUUAGCUUCGUUGGGGUGGCGGAAAAGAAGAGAUUGAAGUACCAUCGCGAGUUGCUUACCAGAGGUGUAGGCGGGUUGGAGAUGGAGAAUAGAAAAGCAGAGGAAUGGGCCAGCCAGCUCCAAUGCUGGUCUCUGUUUCUCUUGAACUGCUUUGCGUGCAAACAGAGGUGUCUGAAUCUGAUGUGCAAGCGAGAAUUUUUAAAGGAAUUGUGCGGAAUGUGGGGUGGGUUAACGAAUCGAACUUCCCCCGCUGGAAUUGGCCUCAUCAGAAGCCUCUGUUUCACAAAAUUGGGAAGACAGAGCAUAGCAGAUUCAGGGGAAGUUGUGCGGAGGCUCGGUAAUGUCUCCCGGUCUUCGGAUAAAUGGCAGCACAUGGCCAUUGACUCUCUCCUUUUACUUCUCAAAGACCCAGAAACGAGAUACAAAGUGUUGGAUUUUGCCGUCCUCUAUCUCGCUGAUUUGGUUGAGCUCAGAAACAUUGGCAGGGGAAGAGCGAGAAUCAAAGUGGGUGAAGCAAUCACACAGACAUUGUUAUCGGAUUACUGCAAAAUUAAGUACGGGAACUUGAAUUUGAAGAGCAAGAAAGCCGAAAAGACAUUGGAGGAGGUGUGGGAUUUGAAGGUGGAGAGAAGAAAGAGGGAGAAGAUGAUGUCUGAGAAAGAAGUAACAGAGAGGAAGAAGAUGGCGAGCGUGAUGAAAAAGGAAGGGAAUGAAAUGUUUUGGCGUGGGGAUAUUAAGGAAGCUGCGAUGAAAUACUCCAAAGCUUUAAACUUGUGCCCAUUGAAGGUGAGGAGAGAGAGAGCAGUUCUCCAUAGCAACAGAGCUCAGUGCCAUCUGUUGCUCAGAGACCCAGAAUCCGCCAUUAGCGACGCCACUCGAGCUCUGUGCCUGUCCAAUGUGAACUCUCGUGGCAAAAGCCUCUGGCGAAGAUCGCAGGCUUACGACAUGAAAGGGUUGGCCAAGGAAAGCUUGAUGGACUGUUUGAUGUUCGUCAAUGGCCGCAUGAGGGGGCUGGAGCAGACGAGGGGUGUCAGGAUCCCCUACUACGCGACGCUCACGAUUAACAAACAGAUGAACGCCACGUGGAUUUUCGCCGCUGCGGAGUCAAAGGCGCGCAACGAUCGUGGAGAAAUCGGAGAUCAAUCGGACGGGCGGGACCAAUUUAGCGAUGUGACAGUGGACAGCAAAAGGGGUUUCCCAGGUAAGGUUCGGAACGUAAACUCGUCGAUGUUUAUAUUUUGA